AUGUUCGACUCAGAUUGUAACCAUUUCCGGCUCGCCAAGGUUCCCUGUUAUUUCGUUCCUGUUCGGCCCCUCCCACCACUGGGCUCAGUGAACAACGAGGACGAUGCGCAGGGGAGGCGGAGAAAGGGCAAGGCGCGCAGCACCAAGGGGGAAGAGCACGAUCCGCGCAACGCGCAGGCGCAUUCCCACGCCGUGAUCGCCUCGUCGCUCAUGCUACCACCAGACGCUCUGCCGCUCUCAGGCAAGCGCAAGGCGAGGCGGUGGGUGAACGAGCGCCUGCUAAAGGACAUGGCGGGGCCUCUUACUGGGCCAGACGUCACCUCGCUCUAUGCGCCGCCACCCUGGGGAGAGAAGACAGAGCGGCCAGUGUUGGAGAGGCUGUCAGAUGUGGCGCUCUCCACGCCCUUUGAAGCCUUUGUGUGCCAGCAAUACCUUGCAGGGGCUACUUUCAACAAGCUGCCAUCCCGCAAGGCCAGGAGCAAGCAGUCUCGGGAGCAGGCCAGCAGCGGCAACCAGCAUUCAGCAGCAGCAGCAGGAGGGGGAGCAGCAGCGGUGGUGGCGGCAUCGCAGGCAGCGUGGAGGCGGGUGCCGGAGGCAGCGAGAGGGGCCAUGCGGCGCGCUGCAGGCUGGGUGGUGGUGGGGACUGUUGAGGCUCUUCUGGUGGCAUUCCUGCACCCGCCACCUGCUGCCACUGCUGCCACCACUGGCGCGACGAGCAGCCAAGUGGACGCAUCUUGCAGUGGCAGGGGAGAGCUGAGCAGUGAGGAUGGCAGGGGGGACGAGAGCAGCAUUGUGUCGUGUGCAGCAGGCGUUGCUGGGGGUGAUGGAGCAGAGGGGCAACAGCAACAGAUGGAGGAGGCACAGGAGGAGGGUGGAGAGGGGUCGCAGGAGGGGGGUGAGAGUGGGAGUGGAAACACGAUUGGGAGUGUGUUGCCGGAGUGGUGUGUGCAGGCAGCAUGGAGCGACGUGGAGAGUGCUUUGGAGGCACAUGGAGGGAAGCUGAAGGGGGGCGUGAGCGGCGGUGCAGGUGCAGCAGACGGGGAGGCGGACGGCAUGGGGAGGGGAGGGGAGGGAAGGCAGGUGCUGGUGUUUGCUGCAGACGAUGCCUUCCUCAGACUGUUGCUGCACGGCAUGUGCCAGGUGGGUGGCUGGCACGUGCUGUUGAUGCCUAUGGUGGGUGGAGCAUGGCAUGGCAUGUGCCAGGUGCUGAUUUUUGCUGCAAAUUACGCCUUUCUUAGACUGCCUCAUGUGCCAGGUGGGUAG